CGCUCCCAUUCCGACGCGGACCCUCGCGGCAGGUGCACCGACCUAAGUGCUGCCGCUCUCGCAAACCUGUGCUCUUAAAUUUUGCUACAUAAUACACAUGCGAUUUGUACAUCGACGCACGUAUACGCAUACCGCAAAAAUAGCCCGCAACCAAUUUUCGUUGUUCGUAUCGACACUUCGCAUGUAUGUACCGCUUGCAAUAAAAUGCACGUAACACUUCGUUAAUUGUUGUCGUUUCGUUUUCGAUUUGGUUUAUUUUUCUAAUCUUUUCUUCCGUCCCUUUGCGAGAGUUAGAGAGAGAACGAGAAAGAGAGAGAAAGAAAGAAAAAUAGAGAGAGAGAGAGAAACAAAUAUUAUAGCAACGUAGAAUCGUCGUCGCCGAUAAAACGUACCGAACGAACUCCACGUCAUUGAUAUUUGUGAUAAUAAAUAAUUCGAUGCGAAAGAUAAAAAAAAAUUCUUAAUAUAUUAAUAACAACGAUCGUCGAUCAUCGGAAGACAGUGAUGUAAUAAUCGAUGUUGGGUGAACCCGGCGGUGUGUUUGUUUGGUUUUUUCAUUUAUUGAAAUUUUCUCCGUACAUCGUAUAAAAAAAUUAUACUGUGCGUGCCACCUUUAUCGAAACGUAGAACGUUAUUCGUACCAUCGAUAAACUGAAUGCGACUUGUGUUAUCGUCGUCGAAAGUGAUUCCAGUUUGAAAAUUUUCAUUCUCCUGUGAUCCUCUGUGGAGCAUCGUCGCGUAUCACACGUACCAUAUACAAUAUAUACACAGAUCCGUCCACGUGUGCCGAUUCCACGUACGACGUACACAGGCGAAAAGUGUUAUCAAUCAUAAUGAAUUAAAGGAAACCGUCCCAACGUCGUCGUCAUUGUGACUAACGUAUUUUACGUAAUAUAACACACGAUAAACAGGUGAAAAAGAUUUCGUGCGAUAUAUCUAAUCCUGGACCGGCCGAAUUCUUUAUAUUUUUAUACCAACUGACACAGCUAUUUGUACGGAUGUGAUACACGUAUCCAUACCUAUAUAUAGAUAAAUAAUUGAAAGUGACGUACUUCACCUGCACUGAUACACAACGAUAUCUUUGACAUGAUAACCUGAUUAAAUUUUUCAUAUCAUGACUAAAAGAAACGUUUGAAUAUUUCCUCGUUUCUAUAACACGAAUAGAGAAUAUCAGUUGUUUCAACAGACUAAUCAGCGAACGGAGGUCUGUUGCCUCGCGAAUCUACUCGACGCGUAACACGCGGUGUUCGUUGAUAAGAGAACUUGAAAAAGUUGAAGUUGACUGGUGGAAUUUUUGAAUACCCAUGUAGAGUGUUUUGUGCCUGGAACAAUUCGAUCUCGUGUCGGGAUACCGAGGAGGGGAAGGGAGAAGUUGAAAAAAAAAGUCAACUCCUUGGGAAACGAGAUCCUCUCGGUGAUCAAUAUGACGACCAUCGCGAUCGAGACGAGUAGACGACGAUGCGGUCUAAUGACCAAAUUUUCAUAAAUUAUCGAUCAUAGUCAUCGUCGUACUCGUCGGCGUAUCGGCUGCCGUAGUUCUGGCGGGAUAGUGGAUAAAAUAAUUUAAAAAAAACUACAUCGUGCUACGUCGAGGGAGAGAACGCCUUCGUUUUACGAACUAUACGAAUGAACAACGAUCCACGGUGCUAAUUAAGUGACAGUUCUCGAACCGUGGGAUACUCGGACAGGUGCACCACAAAUAACACAACCGAGCGGCAAGGUCGUUGAAUAAGAAGAAGAGGAAGAAGAAGAAGACGAAGAAGAAGAAGAAGAUCGUGUUUUUUUAUUUUCUCUUCCUUCCGCCCACGACAGCGCCUCGUUUAAUGUUGUCAUCUUCCACGCGGGAAGACUGAAGGAUUGCCCUUGUACCUUUGAUGCGACCCUUCCGGAUUUUUAUAGCUGUGAUUAAACCUUAGCGCGAUUUAUAUCGGAUCGAGAGAGAAGCGUUUUUUUAAUAAUCAGUCGUUGACGAGUUACUGAACAUUCAACAAACUGGACAUUUUGACUACGACGCCAGGACGACCGGAGUGGCGAUGUCCGCGGGUCGUUGAGAGGAUGAGGGAGCUUGACACCGAGAGCCCUGUCGUCUGGCCGGCUUGGUGCUAUACUGGUGAGGUGGCGGGCGAGACAGUAUCAUCGGGAGCCGGUACUAGAAUCGGUGACCGCGGCGAAUCGGCCGAUCUAGCUACACAUACGGAGACAAUAGACGGUGACACCCUGGCCGCAAACGCAGCUGUGGAAGGCAGAGACGCCCGGGGCGGAAGCCCCCAGGGUGCUGCACACCUUUCCGGUGCCACAACCCCCAGGCCCGCCAGAGGGAGGAGGCGACAAAAUCAGAACGGCCUAGACGCGGCGCAGGUAAAAACGGAGCGGUUAACGCCCGACAAUAAUUCAACGUCGUCGAGGAGCGUGACCCCGUUGUCGCUCAGUCAUCCGGGUACGCCUCCCAAUGCUACGUCGCUCGGUGGACCGGAAGGCCCGCAGCCUCCGCAUCAUUUGAAACACAUGGAACAGAUGAUGGGCAGGAACUACAGCGAUUUCAUGAGGAGUCUCGCGGCGAAGUACAACAACGCUCAUCCGAACGACUAUUUUAGCACCCCGAGAAAUGGUUUCACGCCCGGUCUUGAUCCGAGGUUUCCGGCGUUCAAAACCGGCAACGCACCGUUCGUUGGAUUAAUGGCACCCCUAGUUACGCCGCAACCUCCGACGGUACCCACGACGUCACCCCUCUCCAAUACGGACCCGAAGGAACAAAAAACCGAGACGAUAUUCAACAGUCCUGUAUUUCCGCCUAUGUUAGACAUGUCCUCGACUCAAGCACUCCUUCACAUGGUGAGGACCGCUAACGCGGCACAAAACGUCGCCGAACUCGAAACUUAUCUGAAAGGAGCCAACAAGAGAGACGCCGCGGUAACGAGUCCCCUCGAUUUGUCGAAUCCUGGUGGAUUUGCACCGCGAAAAAAACAACGUACCGAAAUAAGAAGGCCGGAAAGUGUAUCACCGAAACCUAAAGCACCCCAAAGACCGAGCACACCUCCGCCGGUUCGAUGUCCUUCUCUGUGCGGUCACAUGCCCUGCGGCGAUGGACAAUCCGUGAAUCGAUGGUCGGUAGAAGACGUCGUCAAUUACGUAUCAUCGAUCGACAUCUGCUCGGAAUAUGCACAGAAUUUUCGGGAACACCGUAUCGACGGUGCGGCUCUUCCUCUUCUUUCCGAGGAUCACCUUACGGGUCCGAUGGGUAUGAAAUUGGGUCCAGCAUUAAAAUUACGAGCGCUUUUAGCGCGUAAAUUGGGAGCUUGUACAGUUUGUCUUCACUGUGCUCACUGUCAUCAAACUCCACUUCCCGCGUUGAGUGCGGCAGCUGCUGCGGUAGCCGCAACUCAAGCGGCUCCCGGAAGACGUCCAAGUAGUACCGGAAACUGACAAAUGGCGGCGGAGACUCCGCAGCAAGGGCCGGAACUUGAUUUAAAUCGAGCCCUUAGAAUAGAGCGUCGAACUAUUCGUCCCGUUCGUAAACCGGAUGUUGUUUUUAAAAAACCAAUCAAGCAAUGACGUUUGGCUUACUUCAAAAACUACCUUACAUCAGAAUUUUCGGAGACUCCGCCAUCUUUCUUGUCUAUUUUUUUUUUCUCUCAUUUCAGUCGUUUUUGUUUUAUUUCACGUUCAAAUGAUUUUAACUUUUAGUCUUAUUUAUUCAGCACUGGGCUUAUAUUGCAAAGCCUCGAACAGAUAUAUCGUUCUAUUUACGUACUUUGCUUUUUCUGCAAUGACAAAAUGCUGCAGGUUCUUAUUUACGAAAACGAAAAGAAAAACGGAAAAAAUCAUUCAAACGAACGUUGGUCCUGGUUUUGGAGAACGGAAUUAGUCAGGGACGAAUGAAAAAAAAAACAAACCUAAAAGAAAAAGAACAACAAAAAAACGUUGCUUCAUAACAACCAGGCAUGAUUCCGGAAUCGUAAUUCAUUUUUUAUUUAAUUCAUUUUCUGUUUUUCGUGUUUUGUAAAUUUAUUUCUCUUGACCCUUUUCCUGGAGAGGGUUUAUCGUUUGCUUGGAUGCUCGGUGGCCACGUGACCAAUUAGAAAUACCUACGUGAUCAACCGCACCGGUGUUAUAUUUCAUUUUAACCCAGCUCUUGGUACGAAAAGAUUCUCCGGAGAGAAAAUCUGCACUCUUGAACUUUAGUUAUUAACGUGUACGAGUAUUUCCUGACCCAACCUCACUUAAUUAUUUUUAGUAAUUCAUACUUGGUUGGUACUUAAAAAAAAAAAAUUGCAAGAAAGAAAAUGAGUGCAGGAUAAUUAAUUUUCAAGUUUUAGCCAAUCGAGUUCCUGAUUAUUUCCCUUUUUCGUAAUUCGGACAACUUUAAUUGAAAAAUAAAUCUCCGCAACAAACUUGCGAUUUUAAUAGCUGCAUGGGAAACCCGUAACUUAUGUUAUUCGAUCUUACGUUCAAUUUAAAUUAGAACGCCAAAAAAAAUAUCCAAAAGUAUACCAAUUAUUAUAUACUAUACAGUAAUAUAAAGUAAAGAUGGAAAAGAAUGCCUUCACCUGCUGAACGUGUCUUCCAAAAAUAGGCAUUUAUUAUCAUCGGCGCGUUUUCGCCAAACUUGAUGAAUUAUUGCAAAUUUAUAUCAUCUAUCCAUGUAACAAUUAAAAUUAUACUGCAGUGCCUUGACAAAAGUAAUUCCGUAAUCUUACAUCCGUGAAAAAGUACAUAAAUAUGUACAUAACAUGUAUAUAAACAUAUAAUAUGCAUAUAUACAUAUGUAUAUGAAAAAGGACUAUACAUAAUAUGAUUAAACGAAUAAUAGUGAGUAAUGAACACUGCGGUCUUGAUUCUUGGGUACUUAUAUGAUAAAUUUGGUAGAUUGUUUAAUGAGACAAAAGACCGUGACCAUACAAAAUAAAAAAAAAUUUAACGUACAUAUUCUUAUUUUUACGGCGGCCUCGUGGGCGGAUAGAUAUAUAAAUAUAAGUUAGGCAAAGAAUAUAUUCGUAUUUUGUGUAUAUAUUUUGGAAUAUACAUAUAUAGAAAUAAAAAUAAGUGGUACCAUGUACCUUUGUGCAAUAACAAUAAUGAAAAAAAAAAAAAACAAUUUCGACAAAAAAUAAUAUUUAGCUAGUACAUUACAAAUUUGAACAAAAUAAAUAUAUACACACGCACAUAAUAAUAAUUGUAGGAAAUACGUAUUUGCUCAAAUCGUUGUUUCUUAUUUAUAUAUUUUGACGAAGUUUUUCUUUUCAUUUUUUUUUUAUGUUUCCAUUUUUAAAAGAAAAAAAAUUAUACACUAAAUUAUAUUUUUGCUAUUGUCAUUCUAUACGUGCAAAAAAAUUCUUUGGUGAUAAAAAAUGAAUCAAGUUGAAUGAAAUGAAAUGAAAUGAAAUGAAAUUUAACGGACGGUACGAUGCAAUAAUUUAUUAUAUCAUCUGACUUAUAAAGCCUAUAUGUAGCUAUAUAUAUGUAUCGAUGAUAAAUAAUGUACAUUUUCAAUAGUAGUAUCUAUUUAUUUCGACGUUAACCGUUGCCUUAAUGUAUUCAUAACAAAUAUUACGUAAAAAGAAAGCCUAGAUAGUGAAUAGUAAAUAAUUAUAUUGAAUAUUGGAUAUAAAGAUAUGUAUAUUAUAUAUUAUAUUCGUUUAAUGUAACUUUAAACCCAGUUCAUUCAAGCAGUAUUAGUUUUACUUGAGGCUGAUUUUACUGCAGAUCAUUAGAAAAAAAGAUCCCCUUUUUCCGGGACUUUCAACAAAGCCAAUUCUCAUAUAAAUUCAUCAUCGAAUUCGAAUUCAUGACUCCUAAUAUGUUCUCAUA